CUCCCCAACUCGCGGACAUGCAGGAGAAAGUUUUACACCGAAUGAGCCCCGUGUUGACGUAGGCAUCGCCUCUCCUCCCUGCUGGAUAGACGCCCAGAAAGGAGCGAGUGGGGAAGAGGCGGAGGUAGGGAUCGCUUAGAUUCCUGUGGUUAGUUAGGGUCUCGGGAGGGACGGAUUCAGGGCCAGCCAAGAGUAUCGGUCCUAGAUCCACGAAUACAUCAGGCUUCGCCCUCCUCCGUCAACCUUCUAAAUCCCAAUGAGGUCAUAGCGAUGAGAGAGAAUCAGAUCAAGAGAGAAGGGGGGGAAGAGGACGAGGACGAGGGAGAAGAAAUCCAGACGGAAAGAGGCCAUCAGACAAGGUCACUUUUUCUGGCGACACAGCAACUGCUAGGAGCGUGGUGCUGAAUACCAUCCGCCAGCUCCGCCUGGGGACCGAGACUCGCAGAAGCGCUUUGCGUUACCACGAAAACAAAGGAGAGGAGGCGAGAGGGAGACACUGAGGGAAGCUCUGAGCCCUUGGUCCUCCGGAAAGCCAAGCUCAGCCGUGCAAGGAAGGGAAGGGCGUCCGACAGGUCUGCGAGGCUGAGGAGGGGCUGGUUUCCCUGCGGAGAAUGGGGACGCAGCAGAACUCUGGACAGAGCCUCUCGAGCGCAGCUGGCUCCCCGGUCGCGGCUCCCUGAACGCCCAGCUCCUGACUUGUCCUCUUGUGGAUACCUCCUCCGAGCCCCGCAAGACUCCUCUCCAGUCCUGGCCUGAACGUGCCAGGGGGUGGAGCAGCACUUUCUCCUCUGGUCGGGCCAGGAAAAAGGAUCUCUGGUUCUGGAAAUCCAGUCCUUGUGGAUAAAUGUUUUGCUGGUGAAGAAAGAAAAGUUUGGGGAUCUGGUAGGGGGCGUGAGGGGUGAGGUCUGUGGAAGAAAGAAGGUGGAUGGUUGGUUUCCCUCUGAUCGGAAAGGAAUGAUGACCCAGGAAGGAUGUGCACCAGCGGCCAGAUUAUUGGGAGCCUCUUGGUGCUCUCUGUGCUGGAGAUAGGGCUGGGGGUGUCCAGCGUGGCCGUGGGGGCGGUCAGCUUCAGCCUGGCCCUCCGAGAGCACAAGCCUCAGCUCGGAGACUCGUCCCCGGUAUGGAGCGGGGUGUGUUUUCUCCUUUGUGGCAUAUGUGGAAUAUUGUGCGCCAAAAAGAAAUCAGGACUUGUCAUGAUCCUCUUUUCAGCCUGUUGUAUCUGUGGACUCAUUGGGGGCAUCCUAAAUUUUCAGUUCCUUCGGGCAGUCACAAAGAAGACCUCUUCCUUGUAUCCUCUGCAUCUGGCCUCCAUGUCCCUGGCAUGCAUUGGGAUUGGGGGCUGCACCCUGUCCUCCUGGCUCACGUGUCGACUGGCUAGCUAUGAACAGAGGAGGAUGUUCUCCGAAAGGGAGCAUUCCCUGCAUCACUCUCAUGAAAUGGCUGAGAAAGAAAUGACAGACAACAUGAGCAAUGGAGGACCACAACUGAUAUUUAAUGGAAGACUGUAAUCAAUAUCUUAAAAACUGAACAUUUUUAGUAUUCUCGAGAGGCCAGGAGAUGUCAAAGAAAGGAGAUAAAACUAAAAUAGCUCUUGCAAUUUGCUUUAUCUCUCCUGAGCAGACACUCAAAUUAUUCCUCCUCAAUUUUGCUUCACUUAUUCUCCAGCCUUUUUUAUGGGGCAGAGAACUUUCCAGAAAUGUUCUAGCUUAGUCAUUUCAACAGACUUUUCAGAUUGUUCUAAAGAAGACUUUUCGGGGAAAGUGUAAUAAAACAAAAAUAAGAUUCAUAUUCUACACAAUCACGAUUUGACUAGCAUGAGUAUUAGAUUUGUAACUAUAUAUUUCAUAUGAGUAAUUAAAAGGUACAAAUAUUGAGAAACAACAACAUAUUGAUGUCUUUGUUUUGAAAGACAGAUGGCUUCCAGAAUGCCACAAUUCAAAACCUCAGCUAUGCCUUGUUAUAAAAACAUUGUAAUUAUUUUCAAUUUGUGAUUGAACUAUAUUUCAUAAUUUAUUUGUAAAUUACAAAAACAUAAAGCAUAAAGAAGAGAUUUUUUAGAGAGAUUAUUAAACUGUAUCAUAUUUUUGCAUUUUUUGCACAAAAGUGAAAAGUUGUAAGUCAAUAUCAUAUAAGAGAAAUCUACAUUUUGGGCAUAUUGUGCAGACUGACCUGCAUGUUCAUGAAUGAGCCUGAGAAUAAAGUAUGUAUGUAUUGAUACUGUGAAUAUAGAAAAUAUAGACUGCAUAUAUUUAUAGUUACAUGAAUGAAUAUAAAGAGAUGGUACGAAAGAAAUCAUGAUGUUCUGGGGGGAUUCUAACAGAGAUGAGAAGGCAAUUGCUCAAGGCUCUUCUUGCCCACAAAAUUACAUUUAAUUUCUAACAAAUUUGUCCAUUUUUCUUCUGCUCAUUAUUAUAUAUAACUAUUAUUGUUGCUGAUAUUUAUGGAGCUAAGUGAUCUGAAUAGUAUAGUAUAAAUAUAGAUUACUUAGUUACACAGUUAUUUUACUAUGAUUAUGAUAUUUGUGUAGUAAUUGUUAUUAAGAUUGAUUUAUAAAUAUAACUUCAACUCACAUAUUUUCAUAUUUAUCAUCAGAGAUGUUAUAAGCAAAGCUUACAUUCAUGAUGUUUAUAUUUCAAACACUUUGCAAACCAUUUAAAUUAUACAGAAAGACAUGAUAUAACUCCCAGAUGAAGUUACAAUUAGCUUCGCUGUAAUUCUUUUUUAAUUUAUUUGAAAUAAUACUCACAGACCAUGUUUUGGAAAGCAUAUAUCCAAAGAAUCGGAAAAAGUUCUCUGUCAAAGGAAAUAAAAAGAUAAGCUGACAUUCACAUAGCUAGAUUUAAUCCUUCUUUUCCAUAAUGGAAUGUUAAAAUAACAACCAACAGUAGGCAAGGAAAUAAAAAUAUUUAUGAAAAUAUAGUAUCUGACAACAAACAAAAAACAUA